CGUGUUCGAGGAAUGUUGGAACGGAACCAUUCAGUACGUCGCGGAAGAAUGCAUAGCCAUUGUUGGUGCUGCGAUCAUUAGUUUCUAGAUCCGAGAUCGUGAUGGGCACGGAAAGCCAUCCGAUUGUACGAGACUUGAGGAAAAUGUCGGUGGAGCUCGGUACGGGACACUGAUACGAUAUUAGUGUUAGAGAUUAACGUCCUUAUUCGUGAGUGUGUGGAACUAGUUGAUCGGGCCGCGUCCGCGUUCGUCGCGUAUGCGAACCGAGCGCUCGCGCUCGCACGAGUGAGAGUGAGUGAGUGAUACGGUGGGGCAUACUCGGCGACGGCCAUAACACCGACCAGCCAAACUAGUUAGCAGGGAGAAAGCGCAGUGCGACCCAGUGUCCAAGACGGAGUGCUAGUGUUUUUCGAUAGAAUUCCUGUGAAAAGUGGACUUCCAUUAAUCAGAUGUUGCUAAUGUCGCAAGUCUUGGCUGGAGGUACGGAGUCUCACAUCAGUGUACAGGGCUGACAUUCAAAGUACUACCGUUUGGUAGGCUUGAGUAGUGUUAUGCCUCCACGGCACCAAUCUCCCUGGUUGCAGCGCAAUCAUCUUGGCAAGCAAUUAGUGAGCUACCAUGCUCGAUUCAGAAUAUAUCCUUGCCAUCUCGAUUGUUGAUGAAGCCUCAUAGCGUCAAGCAGCAACGUAAGGCAGUUACCUGCUGCAUAGCAUUUAUGUACCAUAUAUGUCGGAAAGAAGCGAAGCCAAGAUGCAGCAGGUGGACACUAUCUCGCAAAAUAAUUCGUUAGAUGUGGAGGAGCGAGAAAGGCUGUGUAAUAUACCGAAGACAAGUGCACCUGGUAAGACAACGACUACGCCAGCAACUCCGGCAAAGGAGCCACCACCACGUGAUGAGCCACCCGUGGAACCUGUGAAUGGUGUAGUCCAACCACCUGUUGUGCCUCCACCUAAUCGUCCAGGACGUGUUACCAAUCAACUGCAAUUUCUCCAGAAAGGUGUACUCAAGCCAGUAUGGAAGCAUCAAUUUGCGUGGCCUUUCCAGCAACCUGUAGAUGCGAAAAAGCUCAAUCUGCCAGAUUACCACAAAAUUAUAAAGCAGCCAAUGGAUCUGGGCACAAUCAAAAAACGAUUAGAGAAUACGUAUUAUUGGAGUGGGAAAGAAUGCAUUCAAGACUUCAAUACAAUGUUCACCAAUUGUUAUGUUUACAACAAACCUGGAGAAGAUGUUGUGGUUAUGGCACAAGCUCUCGAAAAAUUAUUUCUCACAAAGGUUGCACAAAUGCCAAAAGAGGAGGUGGAACUCGAACCCCCAGUUCCAAAAGGACCCAAGGGCAAGAAAGCUGGCAGAGUUGGAGCACCAGUAGGUGGUGUGGCAGGGGCUGCAGGAGGUACAGGUCGAGGUCGACCUUCCUCUGGUGCAGCUGCAGUUACUUCCAGUGUACCAAAUAGCCUAACGCCUUCAGCUACAUCAGCUGGGACAACAGGUGUAAUUCCUAUGCCUCCUCUUGGCACCCAAGCACCUGCAUCUGUACCUGGGAGCACUAAUACAACUACUAUUGCUCCUCCAUCAACUAUGGGAGUUACCCCCAUGGCUACACAUAACUCUCUGCCUCAACAAGUGGUCCCUCCAACUAGCGGUUACCAUGCACAACCAGCAAUGGAUCCACAAGCAGCUUCUGCUGUGCCUCCUCCUCCACAAGUUCCCACUGCACCUACGGUAAUGCCUCCAUCUCAACCAGCAAAACUUAAAAAGGGAGUGAAGAGAAAGGCUGAUACCACAACUCCUACUGCGAAUUCUUUCGAACCUCUAUAUAAACUGGAUCCUAAAAAUGCCAAAAUACCCACAAGGCGAGAGUCUGGCCGACAAAUAAAGAAGCCAACGAGGCAAGCGGAAGACGGCUUAGUGCCAUUCCACCAGGCCAACAUGCCUCUGAUCGGGGCAAUGGCCCAACAGCCUCAACAUACUACUGGGAAGUCGAAAGAAAAGCUUUCAGAAGCUUUGAAAUCCUGUAACGAGAUUUUGAAAGAAUUAUUCUCAAAGAAACAUUCGGGAUAUGCAUGGCCAUUUUAUAAACCGGUUGAUGCAGAACUCCUGGGCCUCCACGAUUAUCAUGAUAUUAUCAAGAAACCAAUGGAUCUUGGUACUGUAAAGACAAAAAUGGAUAAUCGUGAAUAUAAAACAGCGCAAGAGUUCGCUAGUGAUGUGAGACUCAUAUUCACUAAUUGUUAUAAAUACAAUCCUCCUGACCAUGACGUUGUUGCAAUGGCUAGGAAACUUCAAGAUGUUUUUGAAAUGAGGUAUGCGAAAAUUCCGGAUGAACCAAUGGGAAGUAUGGUUGGCAUGAAAGGUAGCAGUAGUAGUGCUAGCAGUUCCGGAUCCGAAAGUUCUUCUGAGAGUGAUGAUUCAGAUGAAGAACGUACUCAAAAAUUAGUAGCUUUACAGCAAGAGCUGAAAGCUAUGCAAGAACAAAUGAGGAAAUUAGUGGAAGAAAGUGGUAAAAAGAAAAGUAAAAAAAAGAAACCAGAUAAGACAAAGUCAAGGCCAAUGAGCAAUAAAAGUAGUAGCCUAGUUGCCAGUCAUACUGGUGCCAUGAAAGAACUAAUGAAACCAAGUGGUGGAAUCCCAAGUGUCUCUGAUAGUGUUGGUGCUAGUAUAGCCAGUGUUGCAAUGGGAGCGGGUGAUUUAAAAAUGCCUGGUGGUAUGGGUGGUGAUCUUCAUCAUCCUGCAAUAGCGGUAGGACCUAAUAAAACUCAUGCAACAGGAAGCAUGAGUCAUCAUCUGCCAACGGCGGCAAAUGCUAAGCCAAAGGGAAAAGGAAGAGGGCCUGGGAAAGCUGCAACAGCAAAUACUGCAAAUAAGAGGCCAAAAGCAAAUAGCAGAUCGGCUGGAACUAAGAAGAAAAACGCUAGUAGUCAACCGCCACCCAUUACAUUUGACUCAGAAGAUGAAGAUAAUGCUAAGCCAAUGUCUUAUGAUGAGAAAAGGCAACUUAGUUUGGAUAUUAAUAAAUUACCUGGAGAUAAAUUAGGACGUGUUGUGCAUAUAAUACAAUCUCGGGAGCCUUCAUUAAGAGAUUCCAAUCCAGAUGAAAUUGAGAUUGAUUUUGAAACAUUGAAACCAUCCACACUGAGAGAAUUAGAAAGCUAUGUCGCUUCGUGUCUUAGAAAAAAGCCACAUAAAAAAGUCAGUGGUAAAUCUAAGGAUGAACAAAUGGCAGAGAAAAAACAGGAGCUAGAGAAAAGAUUACAAGAUGUUACAGGGCAAUUAGGCAAUGUUAAGAAAACAGCUAAAAAAGAGGACAGUAGUAAAUCAGUCGAUGUAGUUGGAACUGGAGGAGCUAGUGGGCCUUCGCGAUUGUCAGCAUCGAGCAGUAGUAGCAGUGAUAGUGAUUCCAGCAGUAGUUCUCUUUCUUCGAGCUCCAGUGAUUCAAGCGACAGUGAAGCAGGAAACUCUUCCAAUCGUCCUCCAAGAAAGAAAGCAAAGAAGAACACACCAAGCGCAGGGCCACCUUCCACAACGACUACAGUUACAUCGGCACCUACAUUGAAUCAUACUGGAGGUCUUUUAAUGAACAAUCAACCUCCAACAAAUUCUACGGGACCAAUAACAAAACCAACUGUAACACAAUCUAGCAACGUUUCUUCAGAACAAGGUGGUAAUAGUCAACAGUCUGUGGCAGUAGCAACUGUUACAACUGGUCAAGGAAUGCCUGUAGCAGGUCACGCAUCCAUGCCAGCGCAACCACCGCGAUCCACGGCUAUGGUUACGACUGCUCCUGUAAAAAAACCUACACCGCCACCAGCUACUACAUCUAAUCCACCAACUCCACCACCGAGUGUUACACCUACAAAUACGAAUUCUAUAGUAGCUUCACCGGUUGUGCCUCAGCCACCGCAGCCACCAACAUCCGUCAGUUCUUUCCCAAAUGCAAACGCACCUGUAUCUACAGACGGGGCAACUUUAACACAACAGUCAGACCUUUUGCAACCAUACAAUACUCUAGCUCCUGUGCCUACUACGCAAACGUCGUUGGAACAAACGAUGUCAUUAAAAAAAAAGUCGCACAUACCAAUGAUUCAAACACCACAUACAACAAAUAAUAAUACAAAUUUAAAUUUACUGCCUGAUGUAAAAACACCAGUGAAUAUGAUGCCUGCAAGUAUGGCAUCUAAUUUAAAUCUGGGAAAUAUUAGCAUGACAAAUCUUAAUAUGAAUUUGUCACAAGGAUUGGCCACGCAUAUGUCAAUGCACAAUCAACUAGAGAGUAUGAUAAAUACAACAUCACCAUUGACCAAUAUACAAAAUUCUCAUAACGCUACAAUGUCGCAACAGCAUUCCAAUGGAUUUUCCAAUAUUAAGCGUGAGAAUUCUCCUCCUAAUAUGUUGAAUAAUAAUGGUAUAGCUGGUCUUAAUAUGGGGAUGAAUAUGGGUGGAAUGGGCUCAAUUUUUGAUCCCAUGCCCAUCGUUUCUAUGCCAAUGCAAAUAUCUCAAAUACCAAUCAAGAAAGAAGAAAAAUCGAUAUCAGUUCCUCAGUCACAAAUACCACAAAAAUCUAUGGAUGCCGGAGCUCUUUUUGCAGAAAUGAGUACAGGAAUGCCACCAAUGGGAAAUCAUUCGAGUUCGCAGCUCAUGCCUGAGAAAAAGAUGACACCGCCUGAUUCGAAAAAUCCUGUGUCGAAUUUUGCUUCAGCUUUUAAAAACAAGACUGUAGAACAAAAUGUGAAAAAUGCUUCAUCAUGGUCAUCUUUAGCACAAGCAUCGAGUCCCCAAUCUGCAGCAGGAAGUAGUAUGAAAAGCGCUGCACAGGAUUCAUUCCAAGCAUUCAAAAAGCAAGCAAAGGAAAAACAAGAUAGGCAAAGAGCUCUGUUGGAACAACAAGAAAUGCGUAGACAACAGAAAGAACAAGCAGAACGAGAGCGCUUACGGCAAGAGAGCGAAAGAAGAAGAGAACGAGAAGAAGAAGAUGCAUUAGACAAGGUCAGGAAAACUGUUGGUGAUCAACAAGGAAACGUAAUGACUGCUACAUCAAGGGCAGAAGAGGUCAAAGCUAUUGUCGAUACUGAUAGUAGUAGUCCAAGCCAUUCAUCCAGUCAAGACAAGGCUGCAGCUGAAAGAGAACGUCAAAGACUACGAGAACAAGAACGACGACGGCGCGAAGCGAUGGCUGGACAGAUCGAUAUGAAUAUGCAAAGUGACUUGAUGGCUGCGUUUGAGGAAUCGUUAUAAUGUUAUUUGCCGCUCAUCGUAAAUCCAUUGAAACCGGGCAGGACUUGGAUGAAUGUGUGGCGCUGGACGAUACAGAAGAAACGUAUUAAUAUAUACGUCAGUCAAUAACAAAUAAUAAUAAUAAUAAAAAAUAAAGAAAUAAUAAUGAAAUAACAACAAACUGAAUAAAAGAUCGGUGUAACAGUAAAAAAAUACAAUGGUGGUGCGAGUUGGGACAUUCCAACGGAAAACCCUGAUUUCAUUGUUCGAGUGAAUCAGAAGAGACAGUUUAUCAAAUGAUGGAAAACUUGUGUGUAAUCGACGGACACCUAAGUGUGACCUACUGUAAUUAGAUAAAUACUUACACAAUACUUUGAAAAUGCUACACUGACUAUUGUGUUACAUUUUUCCGGGUUUCAUAAGUUUGUACUUUAUGUAAAUUUGGAAACAAAACAAAAAAAUAUUAUACAGAAGAUGAUAAGUGAAUGAAAGAAAGCGUAUGAGAGAGAGGGAGAGAAAGAGAGAGUAUAUAUUACGUGCGAUCAACGAAUGGAUGAGUAUGAGAGCAUGGGGGGAGAGUAAAAGUUGUGUGUAUAUUUAGUUAAGUUUUAUAUUUUUCCACAUUCAGUCAUUAAUCGUUGGUAGGAUUACAUAGACAGUGUUUCUGCCAAUAAUACAUAUAAUUAUUAGCAAUUACUAAUAAUUUCAUUGCAUAUUUCUUUCUGGAUUAUGAAUAUAUACUAUUUGUAAUCACGAAAUAGAUAGGCUUGUUAAGUCAAUACUAUAGAAAAAAAUAUACCUAAUAUGCGGAGAUACACAUUGAUGAAUUUAAUCGUAUUAAUCAUUACGAUAGCCCGAUCUAUAUCGAUUUCAAUUGACUUGGAAAUCAGAGAGGGCCAAUCGAUUGAUUUGGAGAAAAAAGAAAAAAGAGAGACGAGGAAAGAAAUAUUUGUAAACUCACCUUAGAAAAAAAUCGUCAAUUAUUACGAAUAAUGGUAAGGUGAUUAUAGAAUGAUGUAGUAUCAAUCCUACCAACCUUUAGAUCAGAUUCCACACAUGUACCUAAUCCUUGGUAUACUCUAGGAUCACAGAAACAGAAAGUGUAACACGGUACCGACUCGUAAAUGAAAUAUUAUCUAGAAAAGAAUUACGGGUUUUUUCUUUUUUUUCUUUUUUUUUUCGACAAAAAUGAACUGUUUGUGUGAAAGAAUUUAUUAGAAAGAGGGUGAGAAGUAAAUUAUUAAGAUGCAAAGGGUAUUUUUUUCAAGGGGUCAUGAUUAAAAUUUUACAAAAAGAACUCGGCCUUUUGUAUGUUGUACGUGAUCUGUCAGUAAUAAUGCGUGUCCCGAGUAGAAACAUUCAAUCGGCAAAAAAAGUACAAAAAACGAUAUCUAAUUUGAAAAACCGAUUACUGAUUGAAGUUCGAAUUUAUUGCGUGCUGCUAUUAUUCUACUACUAUUACAAACGGAUUCAUUUUUAAAGAAGUAUUUGAAUUUGUAGAAGUUACGAUAAUAAUGGCGAUAGUAGUGGAUAGACAUUACGUAAUAACAAUAGUUAUUAUGUAAGUUAUAUCAUUAUUAUUAUUAUCAUUAAUAUUAAUUAUUAUUAAUAAUAUUAAUAUUAUCAUUAAAUUAUUUCAUUAAAAGGAAUUUUAUUUUUUUAAGAGCCUUUUCAAACCUGCAAUGUCUUUCUCUUUAUUGUAGCGUGACAAAUGAGUUUUUAUUUGGAGUUAAAGAAACGCUAAGUUCGCAUAAGCUGUUUGUGGUAAAACAUGUUCGAUUUUAUUUUUAUCUUAAUCCGGAAGAGUUUAUUGUUCACAAAUACAUGUUACUUUUUACGUGAUACUAGAACAAAUAUUUUGCAACUGCAAACAAUGCGAAGAUCUUUUAUGAUAUUCAGAGAAGGACGUAUACGCAAUUUGGUACAUACUUCGAUACACGAUGGUUACAACAUUAUCAGAAUGAGCUCGUUUAGCACUCAAGUAAUCGUUGUUUUCGCUUUAUAUCAAGGCGUACACGAUAUUGAUGGUAGAUCACCGAUACGUAGCGUUUAAUUUUAUUUAUUCUGCGUUUCUUUUAACACGAUUUAUCAUGGUAUCGUACAAUUCAGCUUUUGAAAAACCUGAUGAAGUCUAGAGGUGUCGUUAAAAAGGAAGUGUCAUUUUAAAAAUCGGCCGUGCCAUUUUGAAGACAAAUUUUUAAAGAAAACUUUCUCGAAAGGCACGACCGAUCAGACAAAAAGAGUUGACUAGCGUUUAAAUUUCUAUGUACCUCGCCGAAAGAUGACCGUAGCUAGCGACAUUAAAGCGUAUACAAAUAAUUUAUUAUUACACACGCCUCUAGACCUGAUUUUGUCGCAUUAAAUUUAUUUCGUAUAGUCUUUCGGGUUUUUUCUAAACGAUCGCAACUGGACUUGAUGUGGAAGUACGUGUCCAGAUGACGAACAGGAAAGCGUAGGAGGCGUAUCAAUGCUAAAGAUCACGAAAGAUACACGAUCAUUAGUAUUCACAUUUGUAAAGUAACGUUGAUUGUAUGUGUGCGUGUGUAUGAUUUGUUUAGUUACGUAUAAAUUACGACCAGCCAAGAGAAACGUAAAUUCUAAGUGCAAGCGCAUCGAUGCACCGACUGGAAAAACGUAAUGAUUGAACCAUAAUGUCGUAAGUAAUCGUUCGAAGUAUUCGUCGGGUAUAACGAUGUGGUUGUUUCUGGUCGAUUGAAAUAUCGCGCGAGGAAACAGGAUCGCAGGUAAACGGUUCGAAAGAUGAUUGACGCAAUAAAACGGAGAGGAAAAAUUUCUGAUCAUAUUCGCACCGAUAUUUGUAAUCCUGUUUUCGUUGCUAAGUACAUCGGAGAUGGACGAGAAACAUGUUUAUUGCGAUAUAAUAAGUAUCCAUCUAUGGAAUGGCUCUUUAUUCUCAUGUGUUGUGUGCGCUUUCAUAUCAAUACGAUCACACGUUCGUUGAUCGUCAGUACUAAUUCUAGCAAUACUAAGUAGACUAUCUUACAUCUUUUUUUUAUUUUACAUGCCGGAAUUGUUUCCGGAUGUUUGUCAAUCAAAAUUCAAGAUUUACGAUGAAAUCUUGGCUCUCGACCUCUAGCAAUCUAUUUACAGCGAUACUGACGUUCGCGUCUUAGCAUGUAUAAUGAUUUAGUCAUCCAUAUGUUAAUUGUUGUUGUAUGCACUUAACGCGAUAGGGCAAUUUCUCGCGAGGAUGUCAGUAAUUGCGAAAUAAGCGAAAGCGAGAAAUGAUCGAUCGUGUUUUCUGUUCUUGUAAAUUAGAGUGUUCUUUCGGUAUAAAAUGAUGUUUCCAGGAGAUAAUGGAAUUGUCCUAGAUAUAAAUCGAAUGAAGUUUAAACGUAAGCGUAAUAAAUAUGCCGUUUUCGUUCAUUAACGUUUAUCAUUAUCGGUAUUCGAGCAAGAUUUUUCGGGAAUGUGUGUAUUGGCGUGUAUUGGCAAAUAUAAUUGUAAAUUCAAUAUAUUUGAUAUCCGAGUAUGAUCGUGGUACGCUAUAAUGCGAUGUAAUAUAUGACAUAAGAUGUUAGCAGAUAUGAAAAAAGAAAACAUCGAGAUGUCAUGUCGUGUUAAACAUAAUCGAUUUUUUCUGUCCAGAAAUAUCAUAUAACCAGAAACAUGAUUUUUCAUGGAAGAGAAAGUCGUUUGCAAUAGUUUAAAUAUUUUCGUGUACAGUUAGUAUAUGUUUAUCUUCCAGUCAACGCUUUUAACGAUAUUUUGUAUAUGUUAUUUUUCUAUUUGUUUAAUCUUUCGUGUCCUGGGUGUAGUUGAUAACGCAAAACCGUAUCGCUCAGAAAUGAUGAAUUCUUCGCUAAACGAUGAAGCAAUGAAAGCUAUGAUCUUAAUUGUUUUUGCUCGAUUAUUGUCUAUAUUGUACCAUUAGACUGACCAAUUGCAAGUGUCUUCGAAUGUUUGGAAGAAUUCCUCUGAUUAUGAAAUUGCGUCGCGUUAAAGUAACGAGCUCAAUAGUGACACGAAUUCUAAAACAAAAAAAAAAAAAAAGAUAUUAAGAAGAAAGAAUUAAAAAGAAUAAAGAAUUAAGAGCGUGAGUUUGGCAAAGAGAAAGCGAGAAAGAGAGACAGUGUAAGAGAAAAGAUGGGCAUAGGAAUGAAAGUGAGAAUGGAAGAGAGCAAGGAGGAAUGUGUGUGCUAGGCAUUAUGAUUGUAUAAUACAUAGUUUAUAACUGUACAUAUGAGGAGAAAUCAUUGGCAGCAAUUUAAAUAGAAUCUAUGUAUAAAAAGUAAUAAGUACUAAUAUACACACCUCUAUAUAUGUGAUAAGGUUUGUAAUAUUUAAGGGAGGCCGAUAGAUUGUAUUAACCUACUAGAGAUCUCAGUAUAAGUUACUAGGUAAAGACGUAAUAAUUCGUAAGUAACACCAAAAUCACUCCGCUGUAUCAAAAAUAUCAAAAAAUAAUUUUUUAUAUAAGUUCCCACGGGCGCACAUCAUCUCCAAUAGCACACAAGUUUUAGUAGACUUAUUACUGAUAGCAAGAUAUUAAGCUGGUUGUACAUAAAUAAUAAUGAUGAAAUGAAGAAUAAAUGGCUAAAAUAAAGAAAUGCUUGAUGUUGUUAA